AUGGCAGAGUUUGAUACCAAAUCACAACGUAUGUUAAACUCACUGGAAUCGGGUAUCAAUUCGCUCACUAUUACCGAUGAAGAAACUUCAGCAUCGAAGCUAGAAGCAACUGGAAGGUAUCGUGUUCUGCGUUUAUUAUCAACACGAUCGAAACCUAUCGAUCGAUUACCAAUAGAGAAUGAAAAAGUAGGUAUUGUUCUCGAUGUGGAAACAACAGGUCUUAAUUCACAAACCGACGAUGUGAUCGAACUCGGAAUGAUCAAGUUUAUCUAUAGAGAUUGUGGAGAGAUUUCUGAUGUCAUCGGUAUAUUUGAGGAACUGAAUGAACCUCGUCAGCCUGUCCCUGAUUUUAUUACGAAACUUACAAAAAUUACAAAUGAAAUGUUGAGAGGAAAGAAGAUUUGUAUUGCGGCUGUAAACGAAUUUAUUGUCAAUGCUGAUCUCAUCAUUGCUCACAAUGCAGCCUUUGAUCGACCGUUUUGCGAAAACUUAUCCGACGAAUUUUCAAGAAAAAAAUGGGCAUGUAGUAUGAAUGAAGUCAAGUGGUCUGAUCAUGGAUUCGAAAGUCUCAAAUUAAAAUAUCUUCUUGUUGACCUUGGAUAUUUCUAUGGAACUCAUCGUGCACUCGAUGAUACUUAUGCAGUACUUAAACUUUUAUCAACUCAACUCCCUGACAAACAAGAAACUGGUCUUGCACAGCUACUCGAGUUCUCCAACAGGACAACUGUCCUUAUUAGAGCAAUUCAGUUUCCUUACAAAUACAAAGAUAACUUGAAACAACGUGGAUACAAAUGGUGCGAAAACAAUGAAAAUGAAAAGUUCUGGUGGACGGAAGUUUCAUUAGAUAAAAAGGACGAUGAACUUAGAUUUCUCAAGCAAGACAAAUUCAACUAUAAAGUUGAACCGAAAUUAACGACCAUAUCAGCAUUAGAAAGAUACAAAUCUUGGCAAAAACUUCCGUAA